GCUAUUUACACGGUUACGAGGCAAGACGCAAGAGGGAGUUGUUGAUCGUAGUUGGUGAUUCUCAAACAGCUGUCAAUUCAGGUCUUGAACACGGUAGAAGGCGCAUUGCGGCAAAAAGAGGUGAAGAGACAUUGUAAAUGCGAUCAUCGCGAUUCCGUUAAAUAAACUGUGCGUAAUCGGUGCUUUCACUUCUCGUUUUUUGCAAACAAAGUGAACGUCGACGAUGCCGCACCGCACGGCCGAGGUGGACCCCAUGGCUAGAAAUUUACCACCCCAUUACUUGCACGAAUUGCCCCAGGAGGAUGAGGAGCGUCUGGGCAAGCUUUUUGCCAACCUGGACAAGGACGGGGAUGGCAAAAUUGAUAUACACGAUCUGUCGAGUGCACUUAGAAAGUUCGGUGUCCAUCAUCGGUAUGCAGAGGAAUCAGUGUUCAGAAAAUUCUUGCAGCAGUCGGACACUGAUAAGAGUGGCGAUAUUUCACUCGCCGACUUCAUCUAUUAUGUCAGGGAGCACGAGAAGAAGUUGAAGCUGCAUUUCUCAAACUUGGAUAAAAAUAAAGAUGGUAAAAUAGAUUUGGAGGAACUGAUAAGGGCGUUCCAUGAGCUGGGAAUUCCACUGGAUAAAAGCGAGGCCCGGAAUCUGUUACAGAGAAUGGAUCAAGACGGGAGCCUAAAUAUCAGCUUUGACGAAUGGAGGGACUACUUACUAUUGGCACCGAGCUGCGAUAUCCAUCAAUUAAUCCAUUAUUGGCGACAUUCUACUUAUUUGGACAUUGGGGAGGAUAUGAACGUCCCUGAUGAUUUUACUCAAAAUGAAAUGCAAACUGGGAUGUGGUGGCGACAUUUGGCAGCCGGUGGCAUAGCGGGAGCAGUAUCACGUACAUGUACUGCCCCAUUAGAUAGGCUUAAAGUAUUUCUUCAGGUUCAACAGAGCAAGCAACGAAUAGGAGAUUGUUUCAGCAAUAUGGUCAAAGAAGGUGGUGUGCAAGGCUUGUGGAGAGGCAACGGAAUAAACGUGUUAAAGAUUGCACCUGAAUCGGCAAUAAAGUUUGCAGCUUAUGAACAGGUCAAGAGAUUUAUCAAGGGCGACUCUAAACAUCAGCUAGGCAUUUACGAAAGAUUCUGUGCCGGAGCCCUAGCAGGAGGAAUUAGCCAAUCCGCAAUUUAUCCACUAGAGGUGCUAAAAACUCGUUUAGCUUUAAGAAAAACUGGCCAAUACAAAGGAAUUAUGGAUGCAGCAUACAAAAUUUACGUCCAAGAAGGCAUCAUGAGUUUUUAUCGUGGUUACAUUCCAAAUAUUCUCGGCAUCAUUCCAUAUGCCGGAAUUGAUCUAGCAGUAUACGAGACACUGAAAAAGAAAUAUCUUCAGGCCCAUGCUAGCGAGCAGCCCAGUUUCUAUUUACUUUUAGCAUGUGGAAGUAUUUCGAGCACUUUGGGUCAAAUGUGCUCGUAUCCAUUAGCUUUGAUCAGGACUAGAUUACAAGCUCAAGUUGUAACAGAAGCAACCGUAGAUAGAUCGAGCGUCUCCAUGACAGGGGUAUUUAAGACGAUCAUAAAAAAAGAGGGAGUCCUGGGUUUAUAUAGAGGCAUAACACCAAAUUUCAUAAAAGUUAUGCCUGCAGUGAGCAUCAGCUAUGUUGUCUACGAGUAUUCCAGCAGAGUACUCGGUGUAAAUAUGACAUGAUGCAAAAGCUUACUAGGAAAAUUUAUGAUUAAUUUAAUAAAUUUCUUCUCAUCCACACCAUUUAGCGCGACAUGCGCUAUUAACCAUGUAGUAGCAGCGGUCUCGGUACAUUGGCAACCUCGGCCCAAAUGGCCAUAAAGAUGUUUUCUCUAGCAAUUCCAAUAUUUAUAACUAUUGUGAUUUGCCUAGCUAAUUUAUUUAUUUGUACAGAAUUAUUGUUACUUUAUUUCUUAUACAUAUAUCUGAGCUAUAAGUAAUUAGGAUUUUAUCUAUUUUUUAAUGAAUUAUUAGCUAAUAUUUACCUAAUCGUCGUUUUUUGACAUUUUAAACAAAGAAGAAUUACAUGUUUUAAAUAGGCGUGUUAAAUAUUUACAUAAAGUCAUCAUUGAAGCAUCCACAUAUUAAAGUGUCUUUUUUUAACUACUGUGUAGUUUCGUUACAAAACGUCAUUUUUAUAUAAAUACAUUUUAGCAGUGUUAACGCAAAUUGUUACUGUUUUAAUAAAUAUUAUCAAAACUUUUGUACACCUUGAUGGCUCUUCCUCUUUCAAUCAAUGUAUCUUCAAUUUAAUACUACAUGUAUAGUUUGAUCAUCGUAUAAUUAAUUCUCAUAAUACCAAAGACAUGCAAAUAGAAUAUAACGAAAUGUUUGUAACGAAUUCGUACAAUGGUAUUCAAAAUAAAAUAUCUGGUUAUCUAGUAGUAAAUUCUUUAUA